AUGGAGAGGGGACUGCCGCUCUUCUGCGCUGCGCUCGCCCUCGCCCUCGCCCCGGCUAGCGCUUUCCGCAACGAUAAAUGUGGUGACACUAUAAAAAUUGAAAACCCUGGGUAUCUUACAUCUCCUGGUUAUCCUAAUUCUUAUCACCCAAGUCAAAAAUGUGACUGGCUGAUUCAAGCUCCGGACCCAUAUCAGAGAAUUAUGAUCAACUUCAAUCCACACUUUGAUUUGGAGGACAGAGACUGCAAGUAUGACUAUGUGGAGGUCAUCGAUGGUGACAAUGCCAAUGGACGCUUAUCGGGAAAGUUCUGUGGGAAGAUCGCCCCUUCUGCUAUAGUGUCUUCUGGGCCAUUUCUUUUUAUCAGAUUUGUCUCUGACUAUGAAACUCAUGGUGCUGGAUUUUCUAUACGCUAUGAAAUUUUCAAGAGAGGUCCUGAAUGUUCCCAAAACUACACAACACCUACUGGAGUCAUAAAAUCUCCUGGAUUCCCUGAAAAAUACCCCAACAGCCUAGAAUGCACUUAUAUUAUCUUUGCACCAAAGAUGUCAGAGAUUAUCCUGGAAUUUGAAAGCUUUGACCUGGAGCCGGACGCAAAUCCUCCAGGGGGGGCGUUCUGUCGCUAUGAUCGGCUAGAAAUCUGGGAUGGAUUCCCUGAUGUUGGCCCUCACAUUGGGCGAUACUGUGGACAGAAAACACCAGGUCGGAUCCGUUCUUCAUCAGGCAUUCUAUCCAUGAGUUUUUACACUGACAGUGCCAUAGCAAAAGAAGGCUUUUCAGCAAACUACAGCAUCUUGCAGAGCAGUGUCUCUGAAGAUUUCAAAUGUAUGGAAGCACUUGGCAUGGAAUCAGGAGAAAUUCAUUCUGAUCAGAUCACAGCUUCUUCCCAAUAUAGUACCAACUGGUCUGCAGAACGAUCCCGCCUAAACUACCCUGAGAAUGGUUGGACCCCCGGAGAAGACUCCUACAAAGAAUGGAUACAGGUUGACCUGGGUCUUCUACGUUUCGUGACAGCUGUUGGGACACAGGGAGCCAUUUCAAAGGAAACCAAAAGGAAAUACUUUGUCAAGACGUACAGGAUAGAUGUUAGCUCCAAUGGAGAAGACUGGAUUCCCAUAAAAGAAGGAAAUAAACCUGCUAUCUUUCAGGGGAACACUAAUCCCACAGACGUUGUAUAUGGUGUUUUCCCCAAACCACUGAUAACUCGAUUUGUCCGAAUCAAACCUAUGAAUUGGGAAACUGGUAUAUCUAUGAGAUUUGAAGUCUAUGGCUGCAAGAUAACAGAUUAUCCUUGCUCUGGAAUGCUGGGGAUGGUGUCUGGACUCAUUUCUGACUCCCAGAUCACAGCGUCAAACCAAGGCGACCGAAACUGGAUGCCUGAGAAUGUCCGUCUGGUCACCAGUCGCUCGGGCUGGAUCCUGUCGCCUGCACCUCAUUCUUACAGUAACGAGUGGCUCCAAGUAGACCUGGGGGAGGAGAAGAUCGUGCGGGGCAUCAUCAUCCAGGGUGGGAAGCACCGGGAGAGCAAAGUGUUCAUGAGGAAGUUCAAGAUUGGCUACAGCAACAACGGCUCGGACUGGAAAAUGAUCAUGGAUGAGAGCAGGCGCAAGGCUAAGUCUUUCGAGGGCAACAACAACUACGACACACCUGAGCUGAGAACUUUUCCACCUCUCUCCACGCGCUUCAUCAGGAUCUACCCCGAGAGAGCCACUCACAGCGGACUAGGGCUAAGGAUGGAGUUGCUGGGCUGUGAAGUGGAAGUGCCUACAGCUGGACCCACCACUCCCAAUGCGAACCUAGUAGAUGAAUGUGACGAUGACCAGGCCAACUGCCACAGUGGAACAGGAGGUACCACAGUGCUGACCACAGAAAAGCCAACAAUAAUAGACAGCACAAUACAAUCAGAGUUUCCAAUAUACGACUUUAACUGUGAAUUUGGCUGGGGUUCUCACAAGACCUUCUGUCACUGGGAACAUGACAAUCAUGUGCAACUCAAGUGGAGUGUGCUAACCAGCAAAACUGGCCCAAUCCAGGAUCACACAGCAGGAGAUGGCAACUUCAUCUAUUCGCAAGCUGACGAGAACCAGAGAGGCAAAGUGGCUCGUCUGGUGAGCCCUGUGGUCUAUCCCCUGAACUCAGCCCACUGCCUGACCUUCUGGUACCACAUGUCGGGUUCCCAUGUUGGCACGCUGAGGGUCAAACUGCACUACCAGAAGCCAGACGAGUAUGACCAGUUGGUCUGGAUGGCCAUUGGGCACCAGGGAGAUCACUGGAAGGAAGGUCGUGUCGUGCUUCAUAAAUCACUGAAACAUUAUCAGGUGAUUUUUGAGGGCGAAAUCGGAAAAGGAAACCUUGGCGGGAUUGCAGUUGAUGACAUUAGUAUUAAUAACCACAUUUCACAAGAAGACUGUGCAAAACCAACAGAUCUGGAUAAAAAGCAUGCAGAAAAUAAAAUAGAUGAAGCAGGGAGCACCCCAGGCUACAAAGACUCCAGAGAAGGUGACGAGAACAUCUCAAGGAAGCCAGGCAACGUGUUGAAGACCUUGGACCCCAUUCUCAUCACCAUCAUCGCCAUGAGCGCCCUGGGGGUCCUCCUCGGGGCUGUGUGCGGGGUGGUGCUCUACUGUGCCUGUUGGCACAACGGCAUGUCUGAAAGAAACUUGUCUGCCCUCGAGAACUAUAACUUUGAACUUGUGGAUGGUGUGAAGUUGAAAAAGGACAAACUGAACACACAGAGUACUUACUCAGAGGCAUGAAGGCGGGCGGAGAUGAAAAGAUGAGUGGGAAGACUGAAGUGGAAGGACGGAACUUGAGCGUGCUGGGAACUGUGGAUCUUCUCUUACUGUACAAGCUGGGAAGUGCGUUGAGGACACUGAGCCAGGCUUUUCUCAGGAGCUUCAAUGAGUAUAGCCGACAGACAUGGACAAGUGAGCUGUGUUAACAAUCGGAAUCAUGUACAGUCAGCUUUUCUUAGGUUGUGUUGACCCCCUCUGUUGGUUUCAAUUGAAUAAUCUGAUGCUGGUGUUAAGACCAAGUAUGAUUGACUUAAUGAUUCAAUUUUGGACUCCCUCACCCUCUCCCCUUCUCUCUCUCUCUCCUUUCCCUUUUAUGGAGUCUUCUUCCUUUCUUUCUGUUUUUUGUUAACUGUGCAAAAUCCAAGAUGCUGGCACCAAGUGUAUUCAGUGGGGGCCCUUCUGAUGGACAUGCUACCUUUAGCCCAGUGUCCAGAGUAAACUAGACUUAUCUGCAUUCCCGUGGACUCCUGCAGCUGUCCUUGUGUAUAAUCGCCCGAAUUGUGCAUAGGCAAAG